AUGCUUCUCCUGCACCAAGUUGGCAGCGUCAAGAUUGGUGAAGUCGUUCGCUACACCGUAACUUAUGCGCCGUCGCACGAUCGAAUACUACCCUCGCCCGACGUCCUACACUUACGCAUUCGUAAUACUUCCCCUAUUCCCCUACGAGCCGCCUUUAUCCACGGUCCUUAUACCCUCGACGUUUCCGCCUCUCCCGCUCACUACGAUCCGAAUAUAAAAUUCGAGAAUCCCCAACGUUAUGGCGUCCCUGAAUUUGAGCCUAUGCUCAAAGCUGGAGGUACAUGGUCAUGUCAGUUGAUCGUACCCGACGAUAUCCGCGAGAGCGCCGGAACGGGAGCUGCGAGGGGUGAUUUUGGGUAUGAAGCUGGGAAGAAUGAGGCCGCCAAAACGGCGAGUUGGAUCGUGGAGGUUACGAGUCAAGUGAUAUUUUCUAAUAGUGCAGCCGUGGGCUACGAGAUCCUGCUCGCGCGCGAUGAAAAGAGUCUAAACCUAGGUAGUGUACCAGUUAUAGGCGGCCAAGCUCAGGUCCCGCAACCCGGAAAGGUAACCGAUUUCCAGCAAAGCGUAGGCGCAAAGGAUGGACACCACCCCGCCCAGCCGAAAGGUGUUUUCUCGAAAGCUAUUACCUUGAAGGUGGAGGAUACUGCAAGUCUUUGGAAUACACCGCCGCUUCCCGGUUGGGACGAGAGUGAGCAUGAAAAACACGAAACAUCGGGCGUAAGCAAGGCGAUCGACAGUGUUGCCGAGCCGGCAGAAGCAGAAACUGAUAACAUAAGAAGAAAGCCCCCAAAGAAGAUCCACCUAGUAGUUGUGACCCAUGGCCUACAUAGUAACCUUGGAGCCGAUAUGCUAUACAUGAAAGAGAGCAUUGAUGCAGCUGCUAAACAAGCCAAAGCCGAUGCGAGAGCCAGGAAAUCACGAGAGAAGGCAGAAACGGGCAGCGUUCCUGAUGCUGACGAUGAUGAAUAUGACGAGGAAGAAGUUAUAGUAAGAGGCUUUUCUGGAAAUGCUACUCGAACGGAGAGGGGCAUUAAAUUCCUCGGCAAGCGCUUGGCGCGUUGGGUGCUCUCCCUGACCUACCCAGACCAACCUUUCCUACCAUCUAGGAAAAAGGCAACGACUGAAAGUCUUGCUAACGCCUUUAAGAGCGACGGUGGCAGCGAUGAUGCGUCUGGGAAACCUGCGCAUAAGCACAGCACUAUACAUAAGGGCCAAUGUCAUUCUGAUGACCGCAGGUUUCAGUUUACCAGUAUCAGCUUUGUUGGACACUCUCUCGGCGGCCUUGUCCAGGUGUAUGCCAUAGCAUACAUCCAGAAGCACUCGCCUCAGUUUUUCGACUUAAUACGACCGAUAAACUUCAUUACCCUCGCUUCUCCAUUAUUAGGCCUUAGCAAUGAAAACCCUCUCUAUGUCAAAUUUGCUCUCGACUUUGGUCUCGUUGGGAGAACCGGCCAAGACCUAGGUCUCACUUGGAGGGCGCCAACCAUUGCCAGAAGCGGAUGGGGCGCAUUAGUAGGUACUCUCGGAGAGAGCGCCCACAAGAGGGUAAUAGGAGAGACACAACCAGAGUCGAAGCCGCUGUUACGUAUUCUACCAACAGGUCCGGCGCACACCGCGUUGAAGAAAUUCCGUAACCGGACCGUCUAUUCCAAUGUGGUAAACGAUGGAAUCGUACCGCUACGCACAAGCUGCCUGUUAUUUCUAGACUGGCAAGGACUUGGUCGAGUAGAGAAGGCUCGGCGAGAAGCUGGCUUAGUUGAAACUGUUGUUGGGUUCGGUUGGGCGGAAUUAACAGGUGCCAACGUGUCGGCACGAAGAGGUCCCUGGUCGCCGACAAUUGAAGAGACGCCAUCUUUGUCACAGUCUGGUGUUGAGUCAGAGUCUUCUCAAAGCGACUCUCAUGAAGUACCCCAGCCGUCAACUAAUGCAACGAUAGAAGAUGAUAGACGCAGCCUAAAUAUAGCUACACCACAUUCUGAGACGGGAACGACACACCAAAACUCACAAACCAACAACGAUUUCCCUUUCUCCGGAUUUUUCAAUUUCUUCAAAUCCAGCGAGUCGCAAAAGGCAGCAACCCGUAAAACACCCCCACAAUCUCCGAAGGAGAACAAAAUUUAUCAGCGCAGUCAGACAUUGAAGAUAGAUGGAACCGCAGACUCGGCAUCAUCUAGUAAGUCGAAGGUGUCUUCCGGCCAUGAGCUUAGUGAAGAUCCAUCAAGUGAUGUAUCUGCUCCUCCGAGGACAACCUUCUUUGAGUCUGCAGGUGACAUUCUUAAUCCCAAGUUACCGACAGUGGAUUACAUGAUUGAUCCUUCAAAACGACCGCGGACCAUCUUCCAUGAUCGAGUCUAUCACCCCUCUGAUAUUCCCCCACCACCACUCAAGAAACGUCCGACCAAGACACUUAGCUUCCGACACAAAUCAAACACUAGCGGCUCCCUUUCAUCUUCCAAAGAUGGUAAUGGAAGUGUCCCUUCGCCAGGAGUCGGAGUUGAACAUGCAGACACUGAACUAUCGACUCGCGAUUAUGAUGAUCCUACGCAAACUGACCCUGAUAGAGGCGUUGACGAGGUUGUUGAUAGCUCCAACAUGAAGGUUGAGGAAAAGAUUGCACGGGCAUACCAUCGCGGACUGAGUUGGCGGAAAGUCUUGGUCAAACUAGAACCAGAUGCGCACAAUAAUAUAAUUGUGCGUCGCAAGUUUGCCAAUGCCUUUGGCUGGCCUGUUGUUAAACACUUGGUGGAUGCGCACUUUAGCGACAGUGCAUCUGCUCGCACAAGAGACGAGGCUGAACAAUCUGGCGACCGUGCUAAGCCAAUGGACCAGCUACCUGAUGAGACCGGAGCGGAGACCUACACACAAGAAGACGCCCAGCCUCGAAAAGGGAGAAACGGUGCGAUGACUCAUAGGCAUACUGUAAGUGAAGCUAUAGAGGCCGUAGAUGCUGUUCCAGAUCUACCGUCCUUGUCUCAGGAGAGAAAACCAGCUCCUUACAGUUCCAGGGAUUCGCCGCCUCGUCCAUCGUACGAAAGGGUCGACUCCGUAAGCUGGAGUGACCGCGAAUUCGCAGACAGUGGAGAUGAUAGCGAGAUCGAGCUAGACAUAACAUUUAGCAAGACUAAGGCCCAGACAGCGCCAGAGUCCGAGGACAAGGGUAAGCAACGGGCCAGUAGCCCAGGGUGGAAUUGGACGGAGAAGAUCGUAGGUAAAGGUGCUGGAAAGAGGGUAAAGAGUCCCAAGGACACUCACAGACCCACAAGCCCUACAAGCCCCAAGCCAAGAGACGAGGGCGAAGGUGGAAAUGGGAAUGCCCCUGUCGAUGCAGACGUAAAAUGA